AUGGAUGAUUUAGAAAAUAUGCUAUUGAAAAAAGGAAGCAACAACACUGACAAUGAUCAAGUCUAUGUGCCCAGUGAUAUAGAAGACUAUUUUGAAAAUCGAAACGUUGAUCCUAUAGAAUUUGAAGAUUACUACGAAGAGCAAGAAGAUGUGGAUUUAAAUCUAAGUUUGGUUUCAAAAGAGGAACUUGAGCAGUGUAACGAGUACGACAUCAACAACAUGAAUAUUGAGCCUGCAGGCUUUGAUUCGGAACUAAAUCUAAACGCAACCUUAAUCGAAGAGAUUAAGGACGAAAACGAUGAUGUAAAAGAUAAAGAAAGUGAGUCAGAAAGUCUAUGUAAGGAAUUAAAUGGAACCGAAGAUAAUGAAGAGGAUGCUGAUCAAUUUAACGCAGAGAACGCUAAAAAUGAAAAUAAUUGUAACGACAAGAAGUUAAACGCAAAAUUGGACAAAUUGUACAGAAAAUUACAAAAUGAGUAUGAACAAUACGAAAGUUUGUUCAAAAAAUUGGAUAGUUUGUCUAUAAGAGAGGUCGAUAAAUCACUAAGCCUUAAUGGAUCAGAGACGAAAGCCUGUGGGAAGAAAGGCGUAUCAUCGGAAACCGGAAAGAUAAAAAGCAUUUACAAGGCUUCUAAUAAAAAACUAGGGUCAAAGAGAUCCUCAGGAGAAAACGGACAAGACGUUCAUUACAUAUACAGACGCCUACAAUCCAUAUACGUGGACUACUCAAAAAUAGCAAAGGCAUACAAGCCGAUAUCAAGAUCACUCAGCAAGUGUAAAUCCUCCUUUUGCAAACUAGAUGCAAAGUUGGUAAAAUUGAAGUUAAAUCUCACCCGCUCCUUGAAAUUCUAUAAAAUGAUGAUGACCAAAUAUAACUUGGAGGAAUUGAAAUCAACAAUAGACAACUUAACCUACGCAGAUAAUAAAAUUUAUGACGCAAUAAGCAAUACGAGGACAUCGAGCAAACACAUAAAAGGAGCAAACUGCACUCUAGAAGUCACAAAACGCACGAAACUACUGCAGAACGAAUUCCUCAGAAACAGAUUAACUUCAACGGUGAUUCAAAUGAUGAAAAUAUCAGUGGAAAGUCACGAGCACACGAAAAGCUUGGUAAAGUCAGUAAUUGAAACAGUUAAAACUGAACUGGAUAAGGUGACGAAGAUGGAUUUCGAAGGCAAAAGAAACACCAUCUUUAAUCACAGAACCAACACAAUGAAGAGUAUUAUUAAGUGCGUUUCAAGGAUCACAAUAUCGGCAUCGAUACAGGUACUAAGGAGCCAGAGCAGUUUAACAAAUCUGGAAAAAUCAAUAGCAGAGGCAGUUCCCGAUCCAGAUAAGGCAAAAUUAACCAUAUUGAGCCUCCGAGAGAACGAUUUGGCUGAGCCCUUUGAUCUGCGCACCUUAAAGUUCCGCCAGCUAUUUGGAUUGUACUGCCCAUCAACCUGUAAAAUAUCUUCUAACUUCGGGAUGGCAAACAAGGACCUGAUGACUCACUUAACCGAGUUCAAAAAACAACUGCUAUCAGAACUUAAAGCAGUGGGAAAGACGAAGAGCCGCGUGUAUAGAUCACAGUUUUACGUCGUCAGUGAUCAUAAGGUGUUCAACACUUCGAUGAAUGUGCACAGCGAAGGCAUUCAUACUGCGUACUACAGCGUUCACAAUGCGUUAACUCACAUCAGAAUAUCACUCGUUCUCGUCAACAAAUGCAUUAACUUCUUAAACUUAAUUAUAAAACAGAAUUUACAACUGACGGGAGUGGAGCAAUUAGGAUACUGCAUAGAAGCGUUUGUUAAAGAGGCUGCGGGAAACCAGCUGUUCGCAAAGCAAGAGAUAAAUUUAUCAUACAAAGAUCUUGAAAAAUCCUAUGUAAAAAUGAAUGCUUGCAGAAAUGGGCAGCAGAACGUAAAAAUGAUCGACGUCCAAGAGCAAAUGGAUAAAAUGAAAGACACCAUGGAAGAGUCAAACAAGGCAACCAUCAAGGCAUUCAUAGCAGCAGAAUGGGUAGGCAUAAAACACAUACACUUCCAGAACGAAAGGGUACCGAUAGACUAUCCCACUCUGUGUAACAUAUUGAACGACAAGUAUAAAUUCAAACUGUGA